UUUUUCGUUCAUGUGUUUUUGUGGGUGCAUCUGUUAUGAUUUUUUGUAACUUUUUUUAUUUUUUUUUCUUCAAGGACUACGCGCAUGAAUUGUAUUCUCAUUUCCAAGAAAUCGGCAUAGAAACGCACAUGUAUGCCUCCCAAUGGUUCCUUACCCUCUUUACAGCAAAAUUUCCCUUACAAAUGGUUUUUUUCAUUGUUGAUUUGUUUCUCGCGGAGGGAAUGAAUACAAUAUUUCAUAUCUCGUUGGCUUUAUUAAAGGAUUCAAAUAAGAUAUCUCACAAACGAUUGUCCAAGUAUGAGAAAGAAUGGCAUGAGCUUAAACGACAAGAGAUUGAGUCACAAGAUCCAUUGGAACGUGCACAACGUGAGUCACAAGGAUUGAAGGAACAAAUUCUGCGAUUGGAACGUGAGAAUGAUUAUUUGGCUCGUGAACUAGUUACUUCAAAAAUUUGUUUACAAGAGCGUCUUGAUACGACUGAGGAUCAAUUGGAGACAACCCUUAAUCAAAUGAUAAUAAAAAAUCGCGACUGUGAAGAACUGGCAGAUCGGGAACGAAAACUACGAGAAGAAUCUGAAUUUAUCAAACAAAAAUGUCGAGAUGAGGUUGCUAGGUUAGAAGAAGAAUAUCGUCGAUCUGAGGGUGUUAUUGUUGAAUACAAAAAGAUUUGUACAGAACUUGGUCUUGCGAGUGAUGAGGAUAAGCGUCAAUUCAAGAAACUUAAACGGUUCAUCGCGUCCAAAGUUUCUGGCUGCGAUCGUUGUUCAAAUGAACUUGCAGAUUGUCUUGACAUAUCCAGCAACUCUCAAAGACCUAGCAGUUUAUUAUCAACUUAUGAUGGUGAGGGGAGUUCAGUAGGAUCAACCACGGCAACGAACGAUACAUCGGCUAUGCAUAUGAUGGAACUAGUAGAGAAGUUACAGCAGUACGAGCAACAUAUUCGUCAGGUUGAAUUAGAAUUAGCUCAAACAAAGUUAGCGCUUGUUGAAUCACAAUGUCAAAAUCAGGAUUUGGCACAUCAAAUGUCGGUAAGCACAUUGUUGCAGAAUGGAAGUUAUUCAGUUAAUGAUAAUCGCCCGGCUUGGCUUCGUAAAACAAUAAGCUCAUUGAGGGAAGUUGCUCAAGCGCAUGGAGUUACUGGUUCUGGUUUUAGCAGUGGAAGUGAAGAAAACAAUGUCAAUUUCCACUCAAAAUUUCGACAGCACCAACGAUCUUCAAGCAAUGCAUCGACAAUAUCAACAAAUCAUAUAACUAAUAAGUAUACUGGAAGUCAAACAGACAGAAGAUAA